AUGUUUUUAAAAACCCAUUUAAUGAGGGAUGAAAACAAAGAAAGUGAAUUGAUUAGUCAAAUAAAAAUAAAUAGUAAAAACAUCAUUGAAAUAGAUCCAAUUUAUAUAGAUAAAGAGAAUAUUGAUGAUUCUAAAGUUCCACUUGACAAGGUUUUGAAAGAAAAUAAAGAAGAAAAGAAGUGUGUGUUAUCAGAAAAAUUUAAUGAAAAUACAGAAGGUAAAUUUGUUAGAAAAGCAUCAAUAAUAGCACAUAACAGACUAAUGAAAGCAGCUGAAAAAGAAGCUGAAAUUGAUAGAAUUUUAGAGGAAGAAGAAAUUUUUAAUCAAGAUUUUUAUGGUAUAAAAAUAAAGAAAAAGACACUUAAAAACAAAUCGACCCCACUUGUUUUAUUGGAUGUUUCAGAUCAACAAAUUAAACAAGAAUUCCAAAUAAUUAAAAAAACAGAAUGUAAUAGAAAUUUUUUCUAUAGUGAGAUGAAAGUGAAUAAGAAAAAGAAAAGAUCUAAGAGACAAAAGAUACUUGAAAAGAACACUAUUAAGAAUACAGGAUAUAAAACAGUGAGUCCAAAACACAAGUCGGUGAUUGAGAUUUCUGAAAGACCGCCAAUUGUGCACACUGAUACUGUUACGAAACCAGUUAAUAAGGUUGUUAAAUUUAUAGAAGAGCCUAUUAGUAAUGAGCCACAUAAUUCAGAUGAAAUCAAAUCAGUUCUCAUAAAAAGUAAACCACAUAAAACAUUUAAAUGGGAAGGUGAAAAAGAAGUUGUAGAAAUUGUAAAUGUGAUCAACUUGUGUCCAAAUGAGAAACCAAAUGUAGAUUUUGAGUUUUAUAAAGUUGAUGGAGAAAAUGAAACGAUAUUUUGUGUAGAAGAAACUAAAGAAGUAGAAAGUGAAGACAUAUUAAAAACAUUUAAUCAAGAAUAA